CGAGCUUCCGCCAACAUUCGGGCCUGGAAAGCACUCCGCUCAUGGAAACGUCAAAUGCAAGUGACAAGGCACCAACGGCAGUAUGACAAGAAUAUACACCAAGAAGACGAUGGGGCGUGGAAAGUGGACAACGAAGCACGGCUCAACAGCCAGGAAUGCAUACAAGGCCGCCUCGAACGGCGGCGGCCAAAGCCCUGUUGAGACUGCUCCGCCCAGAAUGCCCGAGUGGUUUUUGGAGAACUGUGUCAAGACCAUAGAAGAAUUACGCAACAAAGAUAGCCCCGGGCUCAUUCCCCUGGAGAUCAUCGACACAACCGAGACGAAAGCUCAGCCGAGCUCCGAACAAGGAGACAUACCGCACCAUGAAUCUUAUCAAAUCGAUCGCUUGCUCUGGGCCCCAAUUCGAGGCCUACUUGCUCCUCUGCCCGAUCAAGCGCUGUCAGAAAUAUCUUCUAACAUGCCAAAUGGUGGUGUUGUUGCAUGUCAUUCUUGCGCGUUUCUCCAUGACGCUGCUCACAUUCGAUUUCCUGGUCGACGAGUUGCGGGUGGCAAUCCAUUCCUUCUCACGAUUGCACAACGACUUGCUCCUGAAGCCGGAGCACAUCUCAUCGUUCUGACCUUGGAGGACGUAGAUGACCUCUGCGAGCACCUGGCCCGGGAAGGCUUCCCCGCCGGGAGUAAGCUUACCCGCCCGCCGCUCAAGGCGUACUUUACGAGAACGUCGGAGACCGAAGAGGAUACCUGGUAUCCCAAGGAAGACUACUCGAAACCAUGGAAGUCCCCCUUCCCUUUCUCCGCUCUUCUGCACUGUGCAGACGUGAUAGAAGAAGGCGAUGUCGGGAACCCUCGGACGGGACAGCCAGUUGUGGUCUGGCUCCCAGACGUGAAGAAGUUUUGGGACUACGAACGAGGCAUAGUGUUGCAAGCAUUAAAGCAAGCAGUGGCACAGGAAUCCGGGAGAGUGCUAGUUCUGUCUACAGUCGAUCAGAUGGGGCGCCCUUCGAGCUUCACGGGGGAGCCAUUGCCACCACCAUUGCAGCGGCUGCCACAAAACUGUGCUUACCCUUACGCGAGGCAGGACGUUCGAGAGUCACGACCCGACACAAGCAGCAGCGAUGAUUCAGACUAUGAAAAAGAUGAAUUCGGGGAGUCUAUUAGCAAAACCUCAAAGGUCUGGAGUCAACAGCGUAACAAAAGCCGCAACGCUGCUGCUGCCAAGUGGGAGGAUAUGGUACUCAGCGCGUCGGGAACGAAUCCUAGACGACACGCCAUUCACAUCGCACCCGUGUCAAGCAGUAGACAAAGGCGUUCAUUCGAAAUCAACGCAGCACACAGACCUUGGACCAUGGAAGAUAACAUACGACGAAUACAGGCUGUCGUGAGACGUUCCAGCCCAAUCCACGCACAGUCUCCUUUGUUUCGACCCUAUGCCGCGUGGGAGCGAAUGACCGAUUCCCUGCCGCAAGACCAUCCCAUAUGUGCUGACUUCCUUGGAGAGCCAAUGUUGAUGGAUCUCGCAAGCUCAAUCAUGCCUUGGACUUCCGAGGACCGAAUCCGCCUCGCUAUUCUCGAGUUCCAGAAGUAUGAAUCAGUGCUGCGUUCUUGGUCACCAAGCACCUUGCCAGAAGACCAAACGGGGCUUGACUCGAAACUGACGCCUCAGAUUCGCAAGAAACUAGAGAGACUUUUUCGGGAGCCACAAAGAUACACUUGGGCGAUCAGGCUCCUCAGUCUCCUGCAAGCACAACGCCACAAAGAAGUCAGAAUGACGGAUCUCGCGCUCCCAGACGAAGUCAGGCAGUCAAUCGCGCAGCUUGCAGGGCGGCCCGAUCAGGCAGAAGACCAGGCGCCCUACGGAACCCUCGCGCAAGAAACGACCAGUGGAGCCCUCCUCUACGGACCGCCUGGGAAUGGAAAGACGAGUCUCGCUCGGGCACUAGCGAGUCAAACCAAUGGCGUUUUCCUCAGCUUCUCUGCUGCGGACAUCAAGGCGAGGUGGUUUACGAGGUUCGGUUAUCAGUUCAAAGAGUUGACCCACAGUCUCUUUUGGCUUGCUAGGGAACUGAAAGCCGCAGUACUCUUUAUUGACGAGGCUGAUCAACUCUAUGGACCCCAGAGUGAUUCCUCAUACUCACCCGACUCGUCCCUUUCCCCUCAGCUACUGCAAGAGAUGUCCAAGAGGCAGAAACACAACCAAAAACUCCUUGUUUUGCUCGCGACCAACCAACCCCAUAAAAUGGACCCCGUGCUCCUCGGUCGAUUUCCUACUCGCAUCUACAUGGGGUUGCCAAGUCCAGCACAGCGGCUCCAGAUUCUGCAACUACACCUGAGCGAGGAGUCCCUCGACCAUUGCGUUGAUUUGUCACGUCUGGCAGACAAAACCAUGAACUAUUCAGCGUCAGACAUAAAGGAUUUAUGCAAGCACGCAGCCGUCCUGUGCGAUUCGUUUGAUGGGGAUCUUGGAGGACGAAGACUCCUCCAGCAGCGGCAUUUCGAUCGUGUGUUGCUCAGGACGCCUACCACUGUGUCUUUGGAAGCCUUGUCCAGCAUAAGGGCUUUCGCAAAGCAGCACGAUCCGGAAGCAUGGCGCAGCAUGAUGUCAAGAACCCAAGUCGCCACGAAUCCGGGAGCGGCCUCCACAACAGCCGACGCAGCAGCAUCCCACCAGAAUCGCACGCACGACCCAACAUUGUCAAGGGCCGCCCGAGAGCAGAGACAAAAGGCUCGGCGUGAAAUUGGCACUUCCAACCCUCAGCCCAGUGCGCCACCCCAUGAGCCCAAUCCGGAGGGUGCCGACCUGGCCCAGACUCACCUCGCAGAGGGCGGUGCUGUCCUCCCGGAAAGGCGUCGCAGCUACCAGUACACGCCGCUUGCUCAGGAUGGCAAACACAUUCGUGUGCUCCACAUCUGUGCCGAGGACUGCGAGGUGGAGGGCCACAACACGCGCGAGGGCGCGAACGCCUUGCACGACGAUACUAUUGUCUGCAUGCUCAGCACGGUUGAUCUGGACGAUACCACCGAGGCGUGGACGAGAUACACUUCUGUCUUCGACUUCCCGCCUCAGACCCGUAUCGUCAAGUGGCAGUCUGCCUGCCGCGAUGCAGAAGAAUAUCAACAAGACCUCGAUUCUCCGCAGCCAGACAAGACGCAGGACAUUGAUGAUGGCGCCGGCGUGGCAAGCAGCUCGCGCGGAAAGAUGCUCCACCGUUACCGAUGGGGGGAUUUCAUGGCGCUCAGCUACGUCUGGGGCGACGCAGCACGAAUGCGAGAGAUCAUAGUAGACGGCUGUCGAUUUGACGUCACUUCCAACCUGUAUGAAGCCUUGUCCGUCCUCCGCGGGACAGAUGAGAUACGGAAACAGGGGCUCCACAUCUGGAUCGAUGCCAUCUGCAUCAACCAGCAGGACAAGCUCGAGCGCGCGCGAGAGGUGAUGAGGAUGGACCUGAUCUACGCCAACUGCUUCAAAGUCUGGGCGCAGCUGGACAGCGGCUCGGCGGUUGCGGACAGCGACGUCAACAUUGUCAAGGCCAGGCUCGAGAGGCUGGACUUUGCCGAACUGCCCGACUUGCGCUGGGGCGACGCAGAUACGAUCGCUGUCGAGGACGCUCUCUGGUCAGUCGUGACGGCGAUGGCGACAAACAGGUACUGGGAACGCUUAUGGGUCGUCCAGGAGAUUGCUCUGGCUCCCGACAUCACGUUCCGCCUGGGAGCCGGGUGCUUCACAAGAAAAGAUAUACUGGAUAUCGACAUUAUCUACAGAGCCGCCUCCGACUCUCAGCGGACGUCACGAGACACGGAAUCGAAGAAGGCAUGGGACCUGUAUCGAAAAAUGACCAUCAUGGUGUUCCGGCUCGUUACGCUGAGGCCAAAAAAAAGCAACCUCGAUGUUUCCGGCCGUCCGAUGAUCGACAUGAUAGAAAUACUCCACCUGGCGCAAACGUCCAGUGCCACUGAUCCACGCGACAAGGUGUUUGGUAUGCUCGGGCUUGUGCCGGUGGAGGUCAAGAAUGCGGUGAAGCCCGACUAUCGCUCAGGCGUGAGCAUGCAGGAAGUGGCUGUCCAGUUUUCCAAAGCAUGCAUACUGGCGGAUGGAGAACUGAACAACUUCGCGCGCAUGCAACGGAAUGCGGUUCGGCCGCGGGGCUUACCCACCUGGGCUAUGGACCUCGAGGGCAGCCCGCACAUGGGGAAGCUGAUCAGAGAUACGCAAUACCGGGUCCACGAUGCUAAUCAGGGUCUAGCUUGGUCGGAUUUGAAAUUUACCGACAACGACAGAGUGAUGGUUUGUCAGGGAGUCAUGGUGGACGACCUGGCAGCGCUGGGGGCCUGUGAGUGGUUCUACGAGCCUCUAGAUGGCUGGCUGUACAGGCCCUUAUGGCAAGAUACGGAGGACGGUGGCAACGACAACGAGCGAUCGAAGGCCGAGCAGGACCCCGACACCAUGAAGUGGAGGCAAACAUUGGCCCGCGUUCUACUCCGUGACAGUACCUUCACGUUCGAUGAUGGGAAAUACUCGGUUCUAGAUAUUCCCUGGCUCGAGAGCUACAAGGUGGAAAAAGAUUACACUGAUGCCAGGGCCACCAGACAUCUCGAAGGACCUCCUGCAGACAUCGGCAGACAGCACUUUGCGCCGCAAGAGCGCAAAUGGGCCCGGUUCUACAACAAGAGCGGGCUGAAUGGGCUGUUUUACAGUGCCCUGAACGGAAGCGCGGAUCUCCUCAUUGGUGGCCAGCCGCUGAAGAGUUAUUUUGCGCUCCUAGACAGCAAUGACGAAUGCCCAGAUAUCGCCGCCUUUCUGGAUCUCACGAAUAAGCUCGACGAUGGCCUUUGUGGCGAGGGGUAUACUCGGUUGCUCAAGACGAAGCGCGGGCUUCUCGGAACUGUUCCGGAGAUCACCUUGCCCGGAGACAAGAUUGUCGUCCUCUCGCAAUGCGACAUGCCAAUGGUUUUGCGACCCAAGGACGGCUCCAAAUAUUAUGAGAUUGUGGGUUCCUGUUUCGUGGAAGGCUUGAUGCGUGGUGAGACUGCAGAGCUCCUUGCCCAGGGAACCGUUAAGUUGGAAACCUUUAUGAUUCGAUAA